UCAACAAACAGUGUCGGUGGGUUUUUUCCAGGUCAACAAGUUUACGGAAUAAAGCGAACAAAAUGGUUCUUUGCAUGUAUUUUCUGAAUAAUAAUUGCCGAUUUGGUUCGAGAUGCAAUAAUGAGCAUAUAGACAUUGGGUCAAUGGUGAAGAAUGAAGCAGAUGUUACACUGAAAGGAAAUCAAUGGCCGCUCUCUUGCUUCGGUCCAUUCAAAGAGCGGAACUGCAUUCCCAACUUUAUCGAAGACCAAAGCUUCGAGGAAAUUCGUAUGAUGUAUCUGGAGGCAAAAAUGCAGAACAACAUACUCGCUCAUCAGAUGCAGCUUGCCCAGAUGAUAAACGAUGCCAAAACGAAGAUGCAAUGUCUCACGGCAAUGAACAGAGACAUCCUGAACACGUUGGUGGAAAUUUACAAUCAGCAGGAAAGCAACACUACCAAACCGACGAACACCGCAGCUAACCCGUUUGCCUCGAUAGGGACGGUCGGGACCAACGCUACAGCGUCGAGCAUUUUCGGCGGUGGUAACAGCACAAACACGUUCGGAUCUGGAUUUGGAUCGAGUGCCACCGGUAGUGGUACUUCGGGCACGGUUGGUAGCAUAUUCGGUGGUGGUUCCAUAAGUGGGCAAACGGCACAGCCGGCCGGAAGUAUCUUUGGUUCGGCUGCGUCCACGACAAGUAACAUAUUCGCUAAACCUGCACAGCAAGUAUCCUCUGGCAAUAUCUUCGGAAUGUCCCAACCAACGAACAGCGUCUUUGGUGGUCCUGCAGUAAUGGGUGGAGGACUAUUCGGCAGUGUUCAACAACCGUCUCAACCCGCUGCUCCCAUGUUCGGUAGCGGUACAACGUCAACGAACACGGUCGCCGGUGGAAACAUAUUUGCAAAUGCCGCUACUAACGCUUUUGCCCAACCAACGGCAGCGUCCGGUGGUUCCGUGUUUGGUGGUGGAAGUUUAUUUGGCAACAAUGCUGCAUCCGCCGCACCUGCCGCUGGUAAUUUUGGAACAAUUGCAGCGCAACCCCAACAGGCCACUGGAUUGUUUAACUCCGCUUCUUUUGGCAACAGUGCUCCAACAAAUGCAGGCUUUGGAUCGUUCGGCUCCCCGAUGCAAGCAGCUCCAACAGCCAACACUACAACAUCUCAAAAUAUGUUUCUUUCCGCGUCUGCGGCUGCCCCGUUCGGUACUGCGAUCGGUUCGAAUGCUUUUGGUGCACCGGUAGCAUCUUUCGCGCCCGGCAUAACUCCAUCGACUACAAUGUACAGCAACAUGGAUACACUUACGCCAGAACAUUUAGCUGCUUUUAAGGCAGAACAAUUUCAACUAGGACGCAUACCAACUGUACCGCCGCCCAAAGAGCUGUGUCAAUAAAAUGUCUGCA